AUGGGCGGCACGAGCAACCCCAGCGAGGAACAGCUCGCCCUCGUGACGGCUCGCGUCAUCGAAAUCGCCUCGGCGAUCAGCGAGACGGCCGCCUCACUCGACGGGAGCGGCUACUUUGAAGACAGCGGGUUUGACGACGAGGAGCGCGGAGCGGCUCUGUCCGCGAGGCUCUUGGAAUACUGCGGGAGCGUCGAGGAGCUCGACCCGAACAUCGACGACCACCCGCAGCCGCGACGCAUGGCACGCUACCUCCUCGAAAAUGUCGAAUUUGAGGUCCUCCAGGCGCCGCUCCCGAGCGCCCUCACAGCAAAACCGAAGGAGGUGGCUGGCGAGGGAGCUGGCCUCUCAAAGGGCGUCAAAUUCGGCGCGACGCUCGCCUUCGUCGCGAUGCUCUUUGUUUUGGCGCUGUACAGAGAUGCCGCCGCCUCCGUCUCGGCGAGCCUCAGUACAUCCGCUUCGAGCGCUUCGGGGGCGAUGACGCGCGCGCGGCCUUCACAUCUCCACCCAGCACACCACAGGGGCACGCCCGCCGCGGGAGGUGCCGCGGGCGGGGGCGUCAGCAGCGGCUUGGGCCACCACGGCGUGGGCUACGCCACGGCCAUGGAAAUUGCCUUAACCGGUACCACCGGCAAGACCGCCAAGGGCGGGAGCAGGCGCAACGGGACUAAGACCGCCAAGGGCGGGAGCAGGCGCAACGGGACCAAGCUGACGUGA